GAGCGGAGCCGCUGCCUCGGUUCAGCUCCGCUCCGGGGUUGUAUGCACCUGCCCGGGCUCCUGCUCGCCCUGGAGAAAGAAGAGAAGGGAGCUGCCCCUGCCAUGUGCUCGGUGAGCGAGGCCGGCAGCACGGACCCCUUGGUGACCCGCUUCAGGCAGGUGGAGGAGACGCUGGAGAAGCUGCACCGGGAAAACAGGAGCCUGAAGAACAAAGUGCCUCGGUACAACGCGCUCUGCACCCUGUACCACGAGUCGGCGCAGCAGGUGAAGCACCUGCAGCUGCAGCUGGCGGCCAAGGAGGCGGCGAUCCGGGAGCUGCGGGCCAGCCUGGCGCGGCAGCGGCCGCCGCCGGGCGGGGAUGCGGCGGCGGGCGCGGAGCCGGCGUGCUCGCUGGUGGAGAGCCUGCUGGAGCAGCUGGGCCAGGCCCGCCAGCAGCUGCGGGACAGCGAGCGCCUCUCGGCGCGGAGAGAGGAGGCGCUGAGCCAGGAAGUGCAGAAGUUGAAUCAGCAGCUAGAGGAGAAAAAUGGAGAGAUACAGCAGAUGAUAAAUCAGCCUCCAUAUGAAAAGGAAAGAGAAAUCUUACGGCUGCAGAAGACCUUGGCAGAGAAGGAGAAGGCUCAGGCCACCAGUGAUGUUUUGUGCCGUUCACUCACUGAUGAAACUCAUCAGCUUCAACGCAAAUUAGCGUCCACAGCAGAAAUGUGUCAACAUCUGGCAAAAUGUCUAGAAGAGAAGCAAAGAAAAGAGAAGGGCAAUUCAGAUGACCAGAUAGCUACAGAAAGAUCUAAUCAGCUUUUAGACAAUGAAACGUCACUUCAGGCUCUUAUCUGCAACCUGCAAGAGGAAAACAGGAUGUUAAAACAAAAAGUAGCUCACGUGGAAGAUUUGAAUGCCAAGUGGCAGAAGUACGACGCCAGCAGGGAUGAGUACGUGAAGCGCCUCCACCUGCAGCUGAAGGAGCUGAAGUCACAGCUGGAGCAGCACCACGGUGGAGCUCCAGCACCAAGGAAUUCCGACCUGAUGCACAAGGAGAUAUUCCGGUUAAACAAGCUACUGGAAGAGAAAAUGAAUGAGUGUGUAAAAACCAAGAGAGAACUGGAAGACAUGAAGAAGGCUAGUGAAGGAGACAAGGAGCGCAUACAGAUGCUGGAGCAACAGGUCCUGGUUUAUAAAGACGAUUUCACGUCUGAGAGAUCAGACAGAGAACGAGCACAGAGUAAAAUACAAGAACUUCAGGCAGAAGUUGCAUGUCUGCAACAUCAGCUAGCAAGAAGACAGGACUCAAGAGACACAAGCAGUCAUUUCAGAGUUCACGCUGGUAACCAAAAUCAUUUGUAUGUUCAGACGAAUGUUGAACAUCUACAAGGCAGCAGCCCAGGCCAGACAGGCACGAGAAGAACAAACUCACAGUCUGAACAAGCUUCUCCUCCUGGGGACAAUGGAAACUUGGGAUCUGAGGGCAGGGCACAGGGUGAACUCAGAUGCCCUCAUUGCAUGAGGUUUUUCAGUGAUGAACGCAGUGAAGAAUUCCUCAAGCAUGUUACUGAAUGUUGUCAGUGACCACAGGAUGUGAGGGGUGUAAGUCAAUCACUACUUUUAUAGACAUAAAACUUGCUUUAUACACAUCUCCUACAGUCCUAGAACAGAGUAAUUCAAAUGGAGACCUCUGGGGAAUUAGGAGGGUGAACAAGAUCUACCUCUUGCUUGAUUUUGACUUCUCUUGGACUGUGUGAAAGGCUUCAAGAGAAAGCAAAGUGUUUUUCUGAAGAAUUAUUUUUGACAGCUACAAGGAAGGCAAGUGUGCUGGAGAUUCUACUACAAGCUAAAUUGAAACCUAUGGUGGUAGUUUAGUUUCAGAGUGCAGCUUGACUUCAUUUGGGUCUAAUUCUCUACCACACUCUGAUGGCUUGUGAAAAAAAAAUACUGAACUUGAAAUUUUCCUCCUCUUCCAAAAAAUGUAGGCUGAAGAACAGGAAAGAAAUAUUUGGGAAGAAGACAGAAAAAAUCUUACUGUGCUUUAUCUGGAUUAAAAGUGAAAGUAUUUUCUUGACUCUUGAGGCUGAACUUUCAAAUAUCUCAUCUGAAAAUCCUUCUGUUUAACUGAAAUCAGAAGAAGUGAAGAAAACAUACAAGGGCUGGUUACUGACUAAAACUAGCCUGCCUUUUUUGCACAGAAAUAAGGUACAGGGAUAUUUAUAUUGUCUGUGCCCUAAGUAUCUAUCUUACACAUUUGUAAAUGUAUAUUUGUGUAAUUAUUGAUUGUAUUCCUAUUUGACCUAAGGGUUAUUUUUAUAAUAAAAGUGAUUGCGUAUUUGCUUUACUACAUUAGUAAAGGGGUAAAAAAAAUAUCUUCUGGUGUAAGUAUUUAAAUGUGAAGUAGUAACUAUACUAAGGGCUAAUUAAAUGUCAUGGUUUCAGAUAUGAGUUAUUUCAUUACUUUAGUGAUAACCAGCUUCUCAGACUAUUUUCAAAUAUGUUGAAAAAAAGUUACUCCUCAUCUCUGAGUGGAAGGAUUGACCUUUCAGAGGCACAGGAACGUAUUUAACCCCCUACCCUGCCACACACAUGUCACUAUGUCAAUGCUAACUUAAAUUUCUUCUUAUCCUGUCUGCACUGAAGAGAGCUUCAGUUGCAGGGGACUGUUUUGAGAAGGAGUAUCAGCAAUUCAAGGGUACAAAUAUUAGAGUGCCACAGGUUUUUGCAGCCUUUGCUCCAGGUGUUUCUCACUGUGUCAAAGCAAGAGUUAAGGAUGGGAUAGAAAGUAAAGGCCUAGUGCAACCAUGAUACUUCAUAAUUAAAGAAAACUUAUUUUGUGUAACAACACUCCUGUCUUCUGCUUUGUUUCAUUCCCUGUUCCACACUUCAAGAGGAAUGUGGAUUUUUUUUUUUUGAUAUUUCCUUUUCAGGAUCCUGUUGUAGCCCCAAAGGAAGGUGAUGGUUUGUGUCACUCCUGUCCUAGGUGGGAUAUUACCAAAAGCAAUGCCUGGGCCAUUGCAUCCAUCAAUGGUUACUAUUAAUCUAAUCUACCAUGACUGCAAUCCUGUGAUUCACUACCAGCUUUUUCUUCCCAACAAACAUGCAUAAACAUACAGAAAGUGUUAUUUUUUUCUAUUUUUUUUUUUAGUGAUCAUUUUUUACAUUGCCUUUUAAGGUCUUAGAGAUCAGAUUCAGCUCAGAGAAUAUAAGCUGAGAAACAUGAUUAAACUUCCUGUGGCAUAAACUAAUCUUACUUUUUUGACUGUUCUCAUUAGACAAGCCUGGUUUACAGUUUCAGUGUAUAUCAAUAUGAUAAUGCCAGUGAUUGACAGAGCAAAACAGGGACUUGAUUUUUGUACCAAUUCACACCAGAAAACACUUAGGAAAACAAAUACAACAGUAAAGUAAGCUAGGUCUUGACAGUACCUUUUUUUAAUUGCAUUGAGAUGAUGACUGCUUUAACAUAUAUUAGAAGCUGAAGUCUGCUGUAGGUUUCCAUUUAUGUUAAUCCCUGUGGAUAUAGUUUCCAUUUAUGUAUAUCUCUGCAGGACAGACUGACCUACAAUAAGAAAUAAUAAUUUCUAAUAAGAAAUUAGAUGCAGGAAUUAGAUAGGAGAAUAUACAGUACACAAAAAUGAAUAGUGCCUUUUCGUGUGAAUUUAAAUUCUGUGAAUUAGACCCUAGUCAAAGCAGAGGUUAGUUUCACACUAAUCCUGGGAAAAAAGAGCACUUCAGUGCUGGGAAACUGGAUAUAUCUCCAGUAAGGACAACACUGAACCAACAAACAAAACCAGGUGCAGCUACAGAUCAAGCACAGACAGCUACCACAUAAAGCAAUAAGUGCAAUAAAUGAGGACUGGCAUUUGACUACCUGUGGCAUAAAUCUAGGACAGAUCCGCUGGUUUUCUGUACAAAAAUGCCUCCCUUCACAGCUGUUUGUCUUUACUUCUACUCAGAGGUUGUGUUUGUUUGUUUUGGUUUUUGUUUGUUUGUGGUUUUGUUUUGUUUUUCCCAGCUGGUAAAAAACAUGACUGUUUCUUGCUCUGGCUUAACUCAGAAAUGUUACACUAUGAAGAACUACCACUGUCUCACAUGCAAAUGUUUGUUUCAGAUGAUGGGCCAUAAACGAUUGCUCCUGAGAAAA